ACCAUGAUGAUAACAAUGAAUUUAAUAAUAACUUUAAUAAUGAUCAAGAUAACGAUUACAAUAGUGAGGAUAAUACAAAAGAAAAAAAACAGCACAGUGCAAGAACUGCAACCAUGAACUAUUUUCUUGUAGAGUUAAUGAUUUCGGCUAGUAUAUCCUCUGAAGUUGAUAAUAUAAAACUUCAUAAUAUGUUCGCUCAUUGGAUUAUUUGUUGUCAACGACCAUUUUUCCUAAUAGAAGAUCCUGAAUUAACCGAGAUUGUGCAAUAUCUAAACCCCACAGCACAACUAGUUAAAGCAGAUAUGUUUAAAAAUACAAUUUUGGCACUUUAUAAUUCUGGAAAAGAAGAAUUAAAG